AUGAAAAAAUCAACAGAAAUUGUUCUUGUAGAUAAUAACGUAAAUGGUGAUAACGUAAAAAUAAACAGUAAUAUAAAAGAAAAAAAGAAAAAAUCAAUGUCUUCAUUUUUUAAAAAAAAAUCAACAAGUUCUCCAAAUAUGGAUCAUUAUAUAGCACAACAUAACCAACAAAAAAUACAAGCUCAACAACAACAACAACAACAAAAUAAUAAUAAUAAUAAUAAUAAUAAUAAUAAUAUUAAUAUUAAUAUUAAUAAUAAUAAUAAUAAUAAUAAUAAUAAUAAUAAUAAUAAUUGUGAAAUAAAUAAUAAUAACGCCAAUAAUAACAACAAUAAUAUUACAAAUAAUAUUAAUAGUAGUAAUAAUAUAAGUAGUAAUAAUAAUAAUAAUAAUAUUAAUAUUAAUAAUAGUAAUAAUAAUAAUAAUAAUAAUAUUAAUAAUAAUAGUAGUAAUAUUAAUAUUAAUAAUAGUAAUAAUCAAACAGUAAUGGUAAAAGUUGAUACACCAACAUUAAAGAAAUCAGUGAAUAUGGCACCAUUAUCAUCAAGUGCAAUAAUAACAAGUAUUGUUCAAGACAAUGAUUCAACUACUAAUUCUAGUAGCGUUGUAACUAGUAAUACAAGUUCACCACAUACUCUAAGUGAUAAUGAAGAUGAAUGUGAUGAUUGCGCAACACCAUUAUCAGCUGCAACUUGUUCUCCUUUAUCAUCAUCACCAAACUCUGAAUCUGAAGAACUCUCUAAACGUUUACGUAGAAAAUCAAGAUCAUUAGAGAAAAUGAAGCAUCAAAUUGAUAAGGAUAAACAUAAUCAUUCUCAUAAUCAUUCUCAUCAUCAUCAUCAUCAACAACAACAACAACAACAACAACAACAACAACAACAACAACAACAACAACAACAACAACAACAACAACAACAACAACAACAACAACAACAACAAGAUGAACAGCAACAACCACCAAUACAUAGACAAUCAACUUCUUCCUCUACAUCAAAUGCAACUAAUAAUUCUGACUUAUCAAGUAUGAGUAGUGGUAUAAGUAGUGGUAAUAUUUUAAAUAAUAAUAAUAAUAAUAAUAAUAAUAAUAAUAAUAGCCAAACAACAACUAAUACAAAUAACAAUAAUAAUAAUAAUAAUAAUAACAAUAAUAAUAAUAAUAAUGGUCAAUUAAAUUCAUCAACAUCAAGUACAGUAUCAUCAAAUUCUUAUAAAUCAACAAUUUCAAUUAUUUCAAAACCAAGUUCAGAGAAAUCAUGGGACGUACCAUCUGAUUUUGAUAUUGUAAAGUGUAAAGAAAUGGCUGGUAAAGAUAUUGAAUUUAUUCUUUCAACCUUAAGUGCAAACCAAAAAACUUUAAACACAAUUACAACAACUACAACAACAACAACAACAACAACUACAACUACAACAACUACAACAACAACAAAUUCAACAUCAAAUUUAAAUUCACCAACAACUCCACCAAUAACACAAAAUGAUUCUAAUAAUAAUAAUAAUCAAGAAGAAAUUGAAAAAAUUGAAAAAAGAUUAAAAGCAAAACAUGAUAUAUUAGUAAUAAUGGAAAUUUUAAAACAAUUUAAUUUUGGAUUUGAUGUAAUGAGUGAAUCAGAAUUAGAAUCAAUGAUGAUUGAUGAAAUGGAGAAAAAAACAUUUUUAUUGGCAAAAAAGAUAUUAUAUUUAAAGAUGGAGAUUUUUAAAGCGAAUGUAUCAAUAAAGCGUACUUAUAUUUUGUAUUCAAUAAUAUCGAGCAUUUCAAAGUUUAUACAAAGCGGUAUUGUACCAACAGAGAUAAUGUCGAUUCCAUUAGAGAUGACAAUAACAAUGGGAUUAUCAACUGGUUUAUUACCACAUAUCAAUGGUCAAAUCUAUAAAAAAGGUUAUAUCACCAUAAAGAAGAGUAGAACCUUGGGUACUAAAUUCUCAUCGAAAUGGGUGGUAUUAUCACAUGGUGAACUAUUAAUUUACUCUAGUGAACGUGAAGAUCAACUUUUAAUUAGAAAACCAUUGAAUGAAACAACUCAAAUCUCUGUAAUUCAGUUACCUUCAAAAGAUGGCUUUUCAAAUGGUUUCACUAUCAAUUUCGAUGCAACUUUGAAUGGAAUUGGUGGUGGCGGUGUUAAUGGUAUCGGUGGUAAUGAAAUCACUGAAGAAUGGAGUUUAAGUACUGGUAGUCUAAGUUCAUUGAAUUUAAAUGGAGGAAGUGGUGGCGGCGGCGGCGUUGGCGGUGGUAGUAGUAGUGGUAGUGCAAUUAGCAAUAGUAAUAAAGUUAAAUCAAUAACCUUUUGUUUCGAAACCUCUGAAGAUAUGAUCGGUUGGAUAUUGGCUUUCGAUGGUGUUUCAAAUUCAAACUUUAAAUCUUCAAUGGACUUAUCCCUAAAGGAACAAUAUCUACAAUUGAAUAAAACAAAUCAUAAAGGUGGCUCCUUUAGAUAUGCAGACGAAGAAUGGAUCUAUUGUGAUGGUAAACUAACGAGCUCCUGUUGGGAUAAUGGUAAAAGUUUACACUAUCAAUGGGAUGGUUGCACUUUAACUCCAUCUCCAACCACUCAAGUCUCUUAUGGUAGAGGAAGAUGGAAUGGUGUUUGGUUAACUUGGUAUGGUGAUGACUCUAAAACUUCAAAAGAACCUUACUUAAAAUAUCUCUAUCAAUCACAACAAAAACAAUAUAUAGUUGAUAAUUUCCCAAUUAGAACUCAAUAUUCUUGGACUUUAUCUAGACAUUUUUUAGUUUCUUCCUCUGGUGGUGGUGGUGAAUGGAUCAUUGAAGGUGAUGUUCCUCCAGUUUUAGUAAUGUUAGUUCAAAUGAUGAAAUAUUAUAAAGUUGGAAAAUAA